AGUUCCUCCCUUCAUCUCUGACAGAUAGUCAGCAGGAACAGAAAGUAUCAACAUCUUGAAGCUGACUCUCACGUCUUGCUCACACAGCUGAUCUCACAUUAGCAGACAGGAUGAUCCCGCUGGGCCCGGCUUGGAUUCUGAUGACAGUGACAGGCUGGACAUUUGGUCCAAUUGAGGCCCUGCCAGGAAAAGAUUUUAAAGUUCUCUACCCCCCUAUCAACAGCAAUGAAGCUGUUGACUGUCAAUGCGAGCCAUCCACAUGUGACUAUGCCUUCUGGUUCCGCACUGUUCCUGACAGCAGCAAAGUAGAGUUCCUGGGCAGAUGUAACAAUGCCGAUCGUGUUAGCGGUCCGUUUAAAGAUAAAGGACGAUUCAAGUUCAGCAGGAAGGGUCUUUCCUUUGAGCUUCGCAUCAUUAAUGUGACAGCAGAGGAUGCAGGGAUUUAUUCCUGCGUUCUGAGCGACAAACAGCUUACAAUUGAAACGUUUCGGCCUGGAACUCUUCUUCUGCCUGGAGUGAGCCCUCCAACAUUGCCUCCAACUACAACCACUAAGAAACCAGUCAGAUCUCCAUGCCUUUGCAAAAAGAAAACUUCAAAUGAAGUCUGUGACUCCCGGGUUCUUUGGCCGCUGGUUGGAGUUCUGGCGGGCUUGGCCCUGACUGUUUUCUGCACUCUGUAUUACUUCAGCCGGCUGCCAAAAAAGUGUCACCACCACUUUGUGAAGAAAAGGCUAAUGUCCUAACGCCUUUCAUAUUUGUUAAUCAUUUGACUGAACAUGCUGAUGUUCUUCCACGGAGUCAUGCGCUUGUUGGAUCCAGAACAAAGUGAAGAUCCCCUCCGCUGAUGGCAGCAUAUCAUGUUAAAUAUGUUUACCAUUGAAGCAGCCAUGUAACAUAGAAUUUUGUUGUAUAUUUUCUUUUGUUUGUAUUUUUUUGUCACUUUUUAUUCAAAUGGGAAUGCAGAUCAAUGUUUGGAUCUUUGAAAUCUAAAACUUUUUAGUUUAUGAAAUCGUUUCGGAAUAAAAGAACUGCACAUUUGAGGGCUUACAAGACUUCACUGCGGUUUAUGAAACUGGUUUUCAUGCUAAUCUAAACAUGAAAAUUUUUUUGGAAACGUAACUUUACAAAAACUUAGAACAAUUGGACUGAAAUGUUCUUUGUUUUUCAUUUAGCUUUUUCUUGUAUUUAAUUAUAUUUUCGUCUGUCACUGUGUUACAGGUAUGUGUUUUAUCACUCAUGUAUGUUAGAGAAAAAGCAUUGUUCUGUAAAUCUGUUUAAUAAAGUUGCCUAAUUUCAACCAA